AUGGCGCCAAAAGCAGAGAAGAAGCCAGCUGAGAAGAAGCCUGCGGAAGAGAAGAAAGCCGCCGUUGCUGAAAAAGCCCCUGCCGAGAAAAAGCCAAAGGCCGGGAAGAAGCUUACCAAGGAAGCUGGCGCCGGUGCCGCCGAUAAGAAGAAGAAGAGAAGCAAGAAGAAUGUGGAGACAUACAAGAUCUACAUCUUUAAGGUGUUGAAGCAGGUCCAUCCUGACAUCGGGAUCUCAAGCAAGGCUAUGGGGAUUAUGAAUUCGUUCAUUAAUGACAUCUUCGAGAAGCUUGCUUCAGAAUCAUCGAAGCUUGCGAGGUACAACAAGAAGCCGACGAUUACGUCGAGGGAGAUUCAGACAGCGGUCAGGUUGGUUUUGCCCGGGGAGUUGGCAAAACAUGCUGUCUCAGAAGGGACAAAGGCUGUUACCAAAUUUACUAGCUCUUAG